GUCCAAUCGCACUUUGUUGCCCAAACUUACUGUUUCUUGUGUGGAUGGUUUUGUAGUUGAUAUUUCUUUUGUGUAGUAUAUGUGUGUUUUUAGUGAUUUAUGUGGCAAUUCUACGGUGCAGAAAAGCAUUAUGCGUAAUAUCACUUUAACUGUGUGGUGGAUCUGCAAUAAAUAUGACCAAAAAUAACUUUGUACUUGUGCAAAAGAAACCAAUUUCAUGAAAAAUGGAGAUACGUUUAGUGUAGCAAAGCAGAUGAGCUUUUCAGCUGCAUAUUCUGCUAAGGUAUGUUGGCCUACCUGGAGUCUGGAGGCGUUCACGGGUCGGCGACAGUGACGGCAGUCGCUGCUUGCCCGACUUCGGGCCCCCCUUCGUGCCCGACUUCGUGCCCCGUGUGUGGCAAGAAGCUCUCGUCCAAAGCCGCCCUCACCGGGCACCUCCGCACCCACACGGGUGAACUCUUCGCUGAGCCGCAGCACUAUUUGGAGAAUGUUAGUCCCACUGGCACCUGCAAGCGAAGGAUUUGCCGAAGUUGUUACAAGACAAUAUGCAAGGAAUAUGGACGGGAGUACGCUCGUCGGAGAACUCCUAGGGUGUUGACCAUUUGCAAGUGGUGUCCAGGUUCACCUUUCAUGUGUGCCAAGUGUUUCCAGGAGCACCAUAUACUGCCCGACCAGAUGAAAAGUGUUGUUUUGGGUCAGCUUAAACUCAACUGAGUCACUGUGAAUCAAUAGACCUGAUUCUGAGUUCACGAGGCUCCUUGUCUCAUUAGGAUUCUAUUAUUUUUCAGAUAAUGAAUGUCUUUGAAUUGUCAGUUUUGUUUAUAAGCUAAGCAAUCUAUUGUUGAGUUUAACUCAUGUGAUCUCCCUCUCUGUUCCUUGUUACGUGUUUAAUUUUGUAAAAAAACAAAACAAAAGAGGUAACCAAAAUAAAAUUGGUAUUUUGUUGAA